AUGCCGAUUGAGGUUAUUGUUGCUGGUUUACCGCGUUCAGGUACGUUUUCAAUGCACGAUGCGCUCGAACGAUUGGGUUAUCAUAAAACGAUGCAUACACUUGUUCAUAGAAACAAUGUAGAACAAAUGGAAGCCUGGAAAGAAAUCUAUGAGAAACAUUUGGAGAAAAUAUGGACCAGCGAUGACUGGCGAAAAAUGAUUGACACGUUAUAUCCAGAUUUUGUUGGGGCUGCUGAUGCUCCUCCAUGUGAUUUUGUUGUUGAGCUUUCUAGAGCUUAUCCUGAAGCAAAGGUAUGA